CACGUGACCACGCCUCCUUGCGUCUGAAGCUGUUCGCCUCGUGUCAAACUAGCGUUUUACACCUCCAAUUCGGCUUUUGUUAGCUGCAAAAUUUGUGGUUAAAAUGGCCGAUGCAAAGUCCACACUGGCCCGUGAUGGUACCAUGGAUGUUACUGCAAAGGAGGGUAUUGAGUAUCUAAAAGCUGAAGGCAAGAUCGCACUGCUGGAAGCACAGGGUCUUAUGGAACCAGAGGCCUCAAAACCAGAUCUACAACGAGACAGUACCAUGGCUGUCACAGCAAAGGAGGGGGAGCAAUUGCUGGAAAAUGCGGGAGGCAAACCAGAUCCAGAUGCCCAAACUCGAGGACAGCAGCGCAAGAUUGAUGAAAUCAAGAGUGAGACAGUGCCAGAAUCUCCCGCCAAAAAAGCAAAACUUACCAAAGAAAGUACUAUGGCAGCAACUGCCAAGGAAGGUAAAGAAUUGCUCGGCAAGGAAAAGCUGGGAGACACACGGCAAGAGACUGCUAAGCAAAAUGCUAAUAAGGCAGCACCAAAGAGAGGAGUGACAAUUGCUAAAACUGUUGAAGAAGCAAAGUUUAUGCUGGAGGGAAAAGAAAUAGAUGUCAAUGAAGGCCGUCGUACAAGGUCACAAAGUAAACCUGCAUCUACUACCCCUCCAGCUAAACCAACCGUGAAAAGAGGAGGAACAAUGCAGAAGACAGCAAAAGAAGGAAAGGAAUUCGUGAAACGUGGGAAGGGAAAGGCGAGGGGAAAAUCAGCAGCAACAACAGAUGAUUCUGGUGAUAAGCAUGAUGAUGAUGAUGAGGAGGAAGAGUCACCAAAAGAGUGUGAGAAAGCUGCUGAGUAGUGAGAGUGUUGGUCAGGCAUGAAUUUUGUCCGUGAGAGAGAACAAGUGUGAGAGGUGUGAAAUGCCAGCAGACUCAACAUGAUAUCAACCACCAGUCAUUUGUCAUGUGUAGAUUCAGCAUCUUGUCUCACCUAUUUUUCCAAUCCAGACUGUAGGACAGAAACUUGUAAGCUGGUUUUAAACGUAAAAUGUACAGAGUUCUUCAAAGUUAAUAGUCAUACAAUUUUCAUUUCAUUGACAAGUUAAUUUACACAUGCUCUUGUGGCAGUUCAUGUUUAUUAUUAUUAUUGUUCACUUCUAAUUUUGUUAAUGAAUUCAUUAAGGCAUUGGUGGGGUUGUGUAAACUGUGUUUGCAGGUUUUCAGGAAAAGGGGAGAGAUAAGUCCUUUCAGAACAGAAUUGAAGUGUUAUGCAAUAUAACAUCAGGAAAUGAUUAAUAUUUUCCUUGCUGGUUAAUCAACAUCACAUUGUAAAUUAUUCUGGCAAAUUGCAGUGAAUGAGCAUAUGAAUUUAUUGCAACAAUCCAUCACGAGCAAGAUAUUUGUAAAUUAUUUUACUAAAGAGUGAUUUUGCAUGCACGAAAGACUUGUUUCUGGUUCAGUCUUAUUGAAAUUGAUGAUAAACUUUCUGAAAUGUUUUGGAGACCAGAACUGUAUCAUUUCAAAGUGUUCUUUGAUUUAAGAUAUGUAAGUAAUUGGGUAAAUUCAUAUGCAAGCCAUAUGAAAUGAGGCAGCUGAACUCCCGUGAAAGCUCUAAGUCAGCACGCACAGAUGCUAAUCAGUUAUGUUAUCUGUUAAACACAGUUCUUAAAGUAUAUAACUUCUCGUUCUGAAGGAUUGAAAUUGGAAAGUUAUUUCAUUAUUUGCAAAGUAGAUACCAUCUUGUGGAAUAUUUAAAUCAAUGCUGUUAUUUUAUUCAACUGUCAUUAUGUUUGCAUGUCCUUAGGCUACUCUUUGCUUCUGAUUGAGUUUUCAGUGCAGUUGGUAGUUUCUUUGAGAGACUCAUUCGAGAGUCUGAUUAUAUAACACAAUCAAGUCUACUUACGCAUAUUUAUCCUUCAGGACAUGUGUGAAAUUCAUUCAGUAUUGAAAGUCACACCAUAUUGUCACUGUUGGAGAAUAUAUUUACACAUUGUUUCAUCCAUUGUAAAGGGACCCUGAUGUAGGGAUAAAUUCUAAAGUGAAAUGUAGCUUGCUGGAAUGGAAGGAAACUUGUGCUAAAGUGAACCUUUCUCUUGUAACAAGUCAUUUCUUGUGUCCGGGGUUGGACUGAGGCAGCAAUUUAUGUGUUCAUCAAGAUUAAAUCUGCUUUUUUUUUAAUCCCCCCUCCCACUUUUUUUUUAAUAAACAUUGCAUGUCAUGAGAGUUGAUGGUGGUGAUGCUACUUUUAGUUCUCUAUCCCAUGACUUUGUUUUAAUAAUAAUAAUAAAUCUUACACAUGCAUAUGCUGUUUUAAUCUUCACAUAUUUCAUGUUUAUCUUUAAAUGCUGUAUUUUAUGUAGCAGAAAGAAAUGAGCUUCUUUGGUUAUAACAGAUUUCAGAACUAGAAAAAUGUGCUUCUGGACUGUGCCACAUGCACUAACAAGAUCUGUGUAAAACUUCAAAUAAUAUUUCAGAGAUGAUCACUCUUGGUAAAGGUGGAAGCAGGAAAGGCAGCUGGUUUUGCUGAAGUGUUUCAGCAGUAGUGGGAGGGUAAUGAGAAGUUGUUGAUUUACUGUCUUAAGUGGGUAUAUUCUGCCCACUUAAUGGAAUGCAAACCAUUUUUACAAGGUUAUUUGUUUACCAAGUCUAAGUUUGCAAUUUCACCACCCUUUAUUUUAUUUGACUGACUUAUAUUGCAGAGAACAGAAAUGCAUUAUAUCUACUGCUUUUGGCUAAUAAAAAGGUGCAAAGUGUAAGGUGCUGGUUCAAAAGGACCUGUAGUACAUUUCUGAGGUGGAAUGUUUGAAUGUCUUUUGUUUCUGGAAUGAUUUUGAAACAGUAUUGUUUCCAUUGGGGUUGAUACAGAAUUUUGAAAAAGUUUUGGGAAAAUGGGGAAACAUUUUGUAGACUCAUCGCCCAGACAAUUUUUUUCAGUUAAAAUGAACUUGGUUGCAGUGUUUACAUAAGAUACUAAGUAUUCUGCUGUUGAUGCAGAGGUACAUUGCCUGUAGACCUACAGUGAAGACAGUCACAAGUCACACAAAAUUAUAAAGAUAAUUUCUUACAGUAUACUCUGCAUGAUAAGUUCUAAUUGAUUUUAUUAAUUAAAUUUGAAUGAUAGGGAUAAAAUGCCUGCAAAGCUUGUAAGGCAUGAAUUUUAAUGGUACACAAAAGAGUAAUCUUCAAUGCCUUAAGGAAAGAAUUCAAAUACCUUCAAACCUAUGAUGUGCAGAUCCUCUGAUCAGUGAACACUUUCCAUUCUCAAGACGCUUUUGGGAUGCACUCUGUGUUUUAUUUUACAAAAGCUUUUUCUUGUUUUCAUGUCAUAAAUCUUCCUGAAAAAGAAUAAGUAAAGUGGAGAUCAAAGAGUUGAAAAUGGUUAGCUAAAACAUAAAUUUCUAAGAGAAAAAAAUGCUCAUUUUAAACAAACUAGAAAAUUUUCAAUAAUUUAAAUGCAAUGAAACCUGUGACAUGCAAAAUCAGCAAAGUCUUUAUCUCUCGACGCUUUUAGUUCACACAGUUUUAUUCUAUCACAGUACCUCUUGCCACCAGACGUCUGAAAUAUGAAUAGAUGUUGUGAAGACAAAAUUUUUUCCAUUGCCUGUCUUGGUGUAUAGUUUUCCAGUUAUUUUCUGGUUCGUUUUCAUUGGUGUCAGUUGGAAAAAAUAACUUUUAUCUCUUAUCCCAUUUCAAAGUCCCAUCCAUCUUGGAUUUGGCUACACUCAAUGGAAAUUGUUUAUGUUAAAGACCUUGGGUUUGUUUUUAUUUAUAUAGCUACUGACUUGCAUGCAUUGUCCUGAAUUAUCCCUAUGCAUCAUGGAAGAUGGCAGGAAGAAUUUGAAACGUUUUGCAGUCAUAAUUUUCUCAACACUAGCACAAUAUUAGACUUUUUCUAGCAUUAAGGGAAAAACUGCAGCAAAAUAUUUAACCAACAGUUUUGUACUGGAUUAAAAACAAGUGCAAACCUUAGAAAAGGGGAUACCUGUCAUACAGGUCUUUUUUUUAGUUUAAUGAAGGGCGUUUUCACAUUGCAGGUUUUAUGUCAUUGUGUAUCUAUUUGACAGUAAAAUAUAUAAGAAUACAGUCUGUAAACUAUUUUACUUGAGAGCUUUUGUGAAAGUCAUUACUACAUAAUGCAUUUUCCCCAGUUGAUGUUGAGACUAAAGUAGGUCUGCAAAAUGUUGAAGAGGAUUAGGAAAAAUUGUGGAAUUUUGUUUGGCCACACCUGUACAAACCAUGUUGAUAACCAAGUUUAUGCUGGAUGUAUGCAGUAUCUUUUCUUGAUAUGACCUAGCAGUUUCUUUUAUAAAGCAAACUAUACUAGGCAGAGUUUACAGACUUUCAUGAAGUUUAGUAACAUCAGUUUUUAUAUGUAAGGCUGUAAGUAGAUUGCAACAUUUUAUUUGCAAGUAUGGAGGAUAUUAAAGAUGAACAUUCUGCUAGUGCUUCCAGUAUGUCUAUUAAGGCAAUAUGUGGGAGUAAAAAUCCGUUUACUGUGAAAUUAGAUAAUAUGCUCAGAAACUUUAUAUUACUUGUUUUGAAUUCUAAAAUUCUGAACUGACAGUUUUGUAACUUGUGAUUGCUAUAAAAAAACAACUAUAAA